AUGGAGGGGGCCGCGGAGUCCCAGACGCCUGACCUGCGAGACGUGGAGGGCAAGGUGGGCAGGAAGACCCCUGAAGGGCUGCUACGCGGGCUGCGAGGCGAAUGGGAGCCAGGGACCCCUGGCGCCCUGCUGCUCCCGGGGGCAGCUAGCACGGGCCAUGGCCUGGGGGACAAGAUCAUGGCGCUGAGGAUAGAGCUGGCUUACCUGCGAGCCAUCGAUGUGAAGAUCCUGCAGCAGCUGGUGACCUUGAAUGAGGGCAUCGAAGCAGUACGCUGGCUGUUGGAGGAGCGUGGGACGUUGACCAGCCACUGCAGCAGCCUUACCAGCAGCCAAUAUAGCCUGACAGGUGGGAGCCCAGGCCGCUCCAGACGGGGCAGCUGGGACAGCCUACCAGACAAUGGCUCCACUGACCGCCUGGACAGUGUCUCUGUUGGCAGCUUCCUGGACACUGUGGCCCCCAACGAGCUGGAUGAACAGGCCCCCCCAGGGGCUCCCCGGCCAGAGAUGGACUGGGCAAGGGUUAUACCAGGUCGGGAGAGGGUCAGGACUGAGAUGGACCUGACAGCCGCCAGACUAGAGGGAUUGACAACUGGGUGGAAGUUCCCGGGGGAGGGACUCCAAGGCAGACUGCCUGAGCCACCAGAGGAUGAGAGUGCCAAGCUGGGCUUUGAGGCCCACUGGUACUGGGGACAGUGCCAGGAUGAUGUGACCUUCUUGUAAAUGUUUCCUUUGGCUUCUCUUAUCUCUAGGUCCUGGUCUCCCUUAAAACUCUUUCUCAAUCUGAGACUAGUAAGAGGCUGCAUUGAAAUCAGCACUCCAUGGUUACCAUGGAAACCUGGCCUCACCAUCCCUUUGGUUCCUGGAGAGUCUCUCUGGCCUUUACCCCUCAAUUAUUGAGUCCCAACGAUUACUUCCAUAGAGAUACUGAAUCUAGAAGCUCGGCCUGUGGCUUCUGGUGUGAUGGUAUCCCCACCCACCCACUAGGUAAGGAUUUGAGGGAUUUAGGACCCCUAGGGGAUCGCUGGUAAAGAGACAGGUGAGAUUACCUCACCCAACGUCUAGGACCGUUGGCCCCAUUCCUACUCAAGGGGGAGAAUUGAGGAAAGACAUGGACACUCAGGGCCAAACCUACAUGGACUGGCUCUCCCAAAAGCCUUUGGAGUGAAUAGAACCACCCUUCCUGUCUGUUGAGUGAUGUCAUUUCCUGCCAGGAGGAAUUAACGCUUCCACUGUACCAGUCCUUGGUUGGUGAUAGGUCAGUAAAGAGGUGUCUGAGCCCCUGCUGCUAAGUGAUACUGUAUCAUUUAUUGUCCAUACCAUUACUUUUUGUGAGUAGGAACACAUUAGCCCUUCUGGCAGGAAAUUUUCUUACUUUCUGUCAGAUGUUUGUGCUUGUUUUUAGAAAGGUUCUUCUUGAACAGGGUGUUCUCCUUUUAUCCUAGACGAUUUCCUUCCCUCUGUAGCUGCUUCCCUGUCUUUGGUGCCAGUACGCCUAUACCUGCGCUUUUAGGGAGGGAAUUUGGCAGGGGCCUCUACCUACUGCUAUUAAAUAAAGUCCGUUAGGUCCACCCCUGCCACAGUUCCCUGUCUUACCCAAGCCCUGGAUUUCCCCCAUUCUUGUAUUCUGGCUCCAAAUCUGCCUGCCAGCAGGUUCAGCCUGCGGUUGCCACACCUUCUCAGUCAGUGUCCUCUUCGGACUUCAGGCUCUUUAUAUGCAGAUGAGCCCCCAGCCAUCUCUCCGCAUUGCUGAUGGGAGCCAGAGGGACGAAGAGGCUUGAGCUCUCAGGUCUGGUGGAGUAUAUUAGAAUUUUGGGUGGGGAGAGGUGUUUUCCUCUCUGACCCUGUGAUUCUCCUUUCCCCACCCUACCCCAUGCCUUCCACCAGUUCUUCCUUCACAAGGAUGCCUUUGGGAGGCUGGGACACAAGGAAUCCCCUUGUCUGGGCAACAAUGGGGGUGUGGCAGGGAAAGACAGAGGUUCUUUGGUCCCAGAGCCCACAUCCUGGGAGGGGGGAGGGAGUGAGAGAAAGGCCUCUUUCCUCCCUUAGAAAGUAAGCCCUAGACUCCUGGGACCCGAGGAAGGGAGCAGGGGACUGGCUCUGGGCUUGGGUCCCAAGGCCCUAGUGAAUUACACCAAAGAAGGAAUUCAGGGAAGCUGCCAACUUGGGGCCCAGUAAGGGGACAAGCCCAGAGAUGGAGGGUAGGGGACAAGGGCUAUGGCUGAUGUCAGAAUGAAUUCUUGAGAAUUAACCCUCUGAAGUCCAGAUAAUUGCCCCAUUUGGUGGUUCUUAUUUUUCCUAGGCCCUGAACCUAAAUUACUGGAAGGUAAAAAGGAGGGAAAAGGAUGCCAGGUGGUCCUUCGUUAUUCACUGUGCCUCCGGGGCUCUGAGAUGGAGGAACCCAACCCAGGAGGAGUCUUCCCCAAAUCCUGUAAUAACUCCUGCAAUUUCUCCACUUUUCAUUCUAUGCUGGGGAAGGGAAGGAAGCCUGGUCGAUUAUCUUCACCUCCCCAAAAGUCUUGUUUUACAAGCCCUACCCCAGAACUUACGGGGCAAUACUUUCAGUUGUGGCCCUCCCCUAAAGACCCUGCCCCACUCCUCUCUUCUCAAAGUGUCCAAUAUUUCCGAAGUAUAUUCUCAGUCUCUGUUGCCCACCAGCCCUCUCCUUACCAUACUCCUCCUGGUCCUGGGGCUCCUCAACUCUCCUUGGGCUGGGAAUUUGAAUACCCUGUUCCAAUCCCUACUCAGUUGCCAAUUCGCAGUGUUCCCGUCCACUUGGAAGCCUCAGUGUUUCUUUUUGAGGCUCACUUGUUUAUUGGAGCCCUGAAUUUGACUCAAUGGCUAGGAGUUUGGGGCUUUUUUGUUGUUGUUUAUUUAGUCUACAAACCUUUACGCUGAAGAAGAUGCCCGCCCUCUUGUGGCCACUAUGCACCAUUGCCAGGGAUAGUGUGUGCCAUUGAGUUGAUUCUGACUCAGCGACCCUAUAGGACAGAGUAGAACUGCCCUAUGGGGUUUCCUAGGCUGCAGUCUUUACAGAAGCAGAUUGCAGUGCCCAGACAGGCCAGAAACUUGCUCAGGGUUAUCUGUUAUAAAUCUGUGGUAAUGCCCAGGUUAGAGAACCCAGAUCUCCUGCCUGCCUGCCUGCCCACCCAUGGCUCCAUCCACUUAGCCAGACUUCCCCCCAAAACAGCACAAAGGGACUCAAACCAAUUUUCUCACUUAAUUGUUCAGGUUCUCAUUCUCCCCUAGAGAGGUAGUUCAGUCUUCAGGUUCUGAGGAAAGAGCACUUUGGGCCUCAACUGGGUAAAUGAUACACAGACAGCGACAAGGAAGAUCAACCCCGGACCAACCAUUUUCCCUGGAAAGGGAGAGGCAGGCUAGUAGACCCAGACCUGGUGGGGGCAGAGCUCAGCAUUUCCGUUCCCAAGGAGAUCUGGAGGUUAGACUGGAGGCUGGGAGCUAUGGGAUUAGGAAAUCCAGAUGGGUCCACUGGAGUUGGGGAGCUCCACAGGUCAGGGGUGACAGUUCAAUUGGAUAGGCACCUGAGGGUGUUGAGCUGGAGAGGUGGGGUGACUGGGACUGUCUGGGAACUCUAGGUCGGUCUGGGUAUCCUAUCUUAACCCCUUAGACUCCAUUUCAGUAUCAGAGAAGCCCAGUGAACCUGAAUCCUUGGUUCUUCUUACCUGCUUCUGGACUGGCUGGCUAGGGCUCAGCUCUCCUCUUGGCUUAGCCUUUCUCGAGUUAGAGGGAGGAGCUGUUUGAGAGCUAAAAGGAGAAGGUAGGAAAAGGGAGAGAGAUGCAGAGAGAAUGAGAUGAAAAGGCUGUGUUGAAAGUAUGAUCAGAGGGAGCAUCUUGCCCUUUCAAGGAGAGGAUUUUGUCAGGGCUCAGGCUAAAGGCAGAGAUGAGACUCGUCAUGGCAGCUGCAGAAACUAUACCGGGGAGGGUAAAGGGGUGAUGCUGCCCAGGCUGGGUCCAUCAAAAAAAAAACAACAAAUGACCAUGUGAGUGGGCAGGUGUAAGGGCCUGAAUUUGGGAUGGGGGUGGUGAGAUUGGGCACUGGACCACCUGGGAGCUCAGUCGCAGUUUAGGUAAGAAAUGCCGGUCGAUUGUAGUGGAGUACAAACUCACUGUAUGCAUGGUGCCAGUGAUGCCUGUUGAAUGAAUGAAGGAAUGAAUGCGUGUGUGUAAACCCACAAAGAGAUGUGACAUUAAAAAAAAGUAAAUGAAUCAUUUACAAAUUAAAAUAUCCUAUUUAAUUCUCCAGCCCUGUGGACAGUGUAUGAACAGUGUUAACAAUUGUUAACGAUGCAUUGUUUUUGAGAUUCAGAGAGGUUAAUUUGUUCAAGGUCACAUAGGUAAUAAAUGAUCUGAAAUAUGAACCUAGGUCAGUUUCACUGCCCAGGCUUACAGGAAACCUUUUCUGAUUACGUAUCCCCACCCCCGCCCCUACUCAUACACCGAAGGUAGUAUAUUAAUCUCCUAUUGCUGCUAUAAAAAUUACCACAAACUUAGUGACUUAAAACAGCACAAAUAUGUUUUCUUACAGUUUGGAGGUCAAAAAUCCAAAAUAAAUUUCAUGGCUAAAAUUAAAUGCAGGCCUGCAUUUCUUUGGAGGCUCUAGGUAGGAAUCCAUUCCCUUGCCUUUUCCAGUUUGUAGAAGCCACUUGCAUUUCUUGGUUCAUAGCCCCUUCCUCUAUCUUCCAACCUGAAGUGUAGCAUCUUCUCUCCUUUCUUUUUCUAUUGCAGUAAAAAUAUACACAACAGAACAUUCAUCAGCUCAACAAUUCUCUCCUGACUGCUGCUUCUAUCUUUGUUUAACUCUAUUUUAUAAGGGCUUUUUUGAUUACAUUGAACCCUCUGGGAUAAUCCAAAAUAACCCCCUAUCUUGAGAUCCUUAAUUUAAUCAUGUCUGCAGUCCUUUUGCCAUAUAAGUUAAUAUAUUUACAGGUUUUAUUUUUAUGGAGAUGGACAUCUUUGGGGAAGGGGAGACAUUGUUUAGCCUACUAUAGGCAGGGAUGGAGGAUUCACUCAGGCCCAGAAUGAGCCUCUAUGCUUGUCCAGCCCCUCUUAGCCUGGAGUGAAGGGUGCUACCAAGAGGGAGGUGGCCAGGUUCAGGCCCCAUGCUUGUAAAUGAGUGAGUGCUUCUUGCACUGUCAACCACCAGGGAGAGCCAAGGGUAAAGGUCAGAUGUGGGAGAAAUUCUUAGUUAUUGCUAGGACCCCCUUCAGGCCUGGGCCCUUUCUGUGACCAUGAUAGGAGAUUCCAAAAGGCUCUGUCCUCAAUGCUCUCUCCUUUCUAGAAACAUUCUGUGCUCCUGCUCCUAAGGCAAAGAUGAGUACACUCAGCAACUAGCCUAGGCUGUUUCUGGAAAGGGUGGUAAACUCCUGACAGUUGCUACUAGAUCUUUCUUGUUUUAUUUUCUUCUUUUGAUCUCUGAUCCCUAUUCUUAUUCUUCUCCCUGACUGACAUGGGUGUAGACUCUAAUGGGUUUGGUAUGUUUUUGGGUAUGUAUGUAUCCUUGAAAAAAUAUAUACUAUAUUGUUGUGGGUUUUAUUUAUGUACUUACAUGUUUUAAUAAAUAUAAAUGGUAUACUUUUACAGUAAGCUAACUUCUGUAAUGAGUUGCCCCCAUAUUGCAGUGAUUUAACACAAUAAAGAUUUAUUUUUACUUACUCAACAAUCCAGCAUGUGUGUUCCUGGUUGACCAGCUCUCCUCUGCUGCCCACUUUGGGUCUCAGGCUCCUUCCUGUGGUGACAGCCUGAUUCUUGCAUCAUAAAGUUCCCUGUCAGCCUUCCACCAA